GGUAAUUAACAAUCCAAAUCACCAUAUAGAGAAAUUACCGUACAGCUCCAACUCCUCUCUCCACAUGGGCAGGUCAAAGCCCAUAGGACAUGCCUCAAUCUCUUCCAGGUGAGAAACGUGAUCGCGUUUGCCUCCCCCACGCGACCGAUCGCUUAAUAGCAAUCUCGCUCUCUGUCUCCUCCCCCCUCCAUGUGUGGCGUCCUAGUAUAACGAUGGUUGCACCGUGGCCUCAGAUCCAACAGAGCGAUGAGGAGUCCAAGACCCGUGCACGUUCUGUUGUUUCUCUUGAUAUUGAUUUUCUCUGAUUGUGUUGAUGUUGAUUCGGUGGAGAUUAUGAAUUUUUCUGAUUGUGUGGAUAUAAUGUUAAUUUGAUGGAGAUUACAAUUUUUUCUGAUUGUGUGGAUGUUAUUUCUUAAUCUAUGAAAUUUUCUUUCUAAAUUGCUAGGAGAAAUAUGGGGGGCUUGAAAGCAUUAUUUUUCUCACAGAAAGGUUAUAGAUUUCGGUUGUGGAACCAGUACCUAUAAAUAGUCUCAUCUGUGUCGUCUACUGGAUGCCGAUUGAAAAAUCCAGCACGUGUAGCUAGCUCGCAACCUGCCCCAACACGUUUUCUAUAGUAGUGUCGGUUGUCGCAUUCCUUGUCUCCUUAAGGCAUUGUUGGUUAAUCACUAUGAAGCAGGGAUUGGAGAAGAUUUAUUCUAGACCUAUUAUAGUGUGGAAUUAUUCCACUCAAUCCCCUCUAAACCGAACAUGACGUAAAGCUGAUGAAACCCAUCCAACAAGUGAAAUUUCACCGUACGUACCCCUUCCAAUGUGGCCGUUUCGUGUAGCAUCCGGCUAUUGACUCUUUUAUUCAGAAGAUUACUAUAUUAAUUGUACGAGUACAUAAACACCAUCGAUCUCGUGUACGUACGUAACGUAAAUACGUAAUAUCCGUCGUUGUCCUCGCACCGAGCUGCACUGGCCGUCGCCGCCGCCGAUGGCCGCCGUCGACGACGACAGGUGGGAGGACCUCCCGACGGACCUCCUCACGGAGAUCCUGCUGUGCCUCCCGCCGAUCAGCGGCCGGCGGCGCGUCCGCCUCGUGUGCAGCCGCUGGCGCGACGCCGUCGACGAGCUCGAACCGGAGACGACGCACAGCCGCGCCAAGCCGCUCACCUUCUUGAAGCGAUCCGUCGACAGUGGCCGCCCGGCCACCGCGCGCGUGUUCGACGACCUCGCCGGCGGUGGGCUCGGCGGCAGCAGGGAGAUCUGGAACGGCGGCGGCGGCGGCGACGGCGUGUCCGGUAGUUCCCCGGACAUCGUCGGCACGUGCAACGGCCUUCUCUGCCUGUGGCACUGUGGUAGCGACAGCGGCGGCGAGAUAACGCUGGUCAACCCGGUCACCGGCGAGAGCCUCGCCAUCCCGCCGCCGCCGCCGCCGUCGCCGCGGUGGAGGAGCCACACGACGGAGGGGCCGGAGGCAGAGAGGCUCAGCUUCGCGUACCACCCGCUGACGGGGAGGUACAGCAUCGUCCACUUCCCCGCCGCCUUCUGCGACGGCGGCGGCGACAACCUCGCCGACCCGGCGGUGGAAGUGCUCACGCUCGGCGGCGCGGGCGCGUCGGCGUCGUGGCGGGAGGUGGCGGCGCCGCCCGGCUCGAGGUGCUGCCUCGCUUUGGGCAUCGUCAGCGUCGACGGCGCCACGUACUGGGUGACCAAGGACGGGAGGAUCAUGUCGCUUGACCAUGAGCACGAACGCGUCACGGCCGUUCUGCCGCUGCCGCCGGCGAUCGCCGGAGAACUUGACAGUUGGUGGAGUACCCGCCUCACAGAGGUCGCCGGAAGGUUGGGUGUCGCCAUCACCUCCAACCAUACGACGCCCUCCAAGUAUAACGUCGAGGUGUGGGUGUUGGAUGGCGCAAGAGGGAAGAUGACCUGGAGCCAUCGUUACACUAUACAAGACCUGCAGUUUAGUUACCAAGAGAUUGCAUGGCCACACUUCGCCUACGGAGAGAAUGUCUUGACAAUCUUAGACAGCGACCAUCUGCGCAAUCAGCUGUAUACGCAUUGGCUAUGGCCACACAAGAACAGGACAAGUGUAGCAACGGGCGACGUGGUAAAAGGCACUUUGGUGGAGGAGUUCGUCAUCGACCCGGAAAAUGUGAAAAUUUUAUCGCUCAUCGACCCUGAAAUACAUGUGAACAUGUUCUCGUAUGUAGAGACCAAUGAGCCACUGAACAUCUACAAGGAGGUGUGCAUGGAUAGUUAAGUUUGGUUAGAUUGCUACCUUUAUAUAUGACUUUGAAUAUAAUUGGUCAAUAUAUGAUUUGUUGCACAUACUUAAAUAUAUAAUAGGGGUAUUAAUUAUUUAAACGGUUUUGCCGUGAAGUUUGAA